UUAGCUGUUAGGGUGUUAUACGGCGAAGGAAUUUUCACGAGACUCUGUGAGAUGCGUUUUCACGUUUGACGAGGACACGACCAGAACUUUUGCUGCUCGGCCAUGGGGGCAGGAAAUUCGGUGUGAAUUUUCCGGAUCACGCAGACGAGACGGAUUUCCGCGGAUCGCGACCGAUUACAUAAAGGUGUCCCGGGUGUCGGAAAGUUGGAAAAGUGCCGUGGAAAGCGCGGAAAAGCUCGAUUCUAGGUUGUGAGGAAAAAUCGGGUCGUGUGAAAAAGGGCAAUCGAAGAAAACGUGAAAAAAUAGUCUAUUAUUGAUUUCGGAGGGGGACCACCACACAGUUUGGGCUCGGUGGAUUUCCGGGGUCGACGGCGCGGCGUGUGCACGAAAAAGUUCAAAGUUAAGGAAAUUUUCCCCUCCCUUGUGGGCGAGAUUCCGUGUGUGUGACGUAGUCCAGGGAAAAGAAAGGAAUUUUUAGCUUGUCCAGCAAUCAAUCACGCCACAAAAUGCAGCCACCUCCGAGAAAAGGAAACUACACCAAGUUCCUGAAAAAUCUCCACUCGGAACAGUUGGCCAAGCUGCUGCUCAAGAACCAGAAUGAGUGCGAGCUGCUCGAGGACAUCCGCCAGUUUACCCUUAAGCGGUCGGCCAUCGAAAAGUCGUACAGCGAGGCGCUGCUCAAAAUAUCGUCCGCAUAUCUCAACAAAAAGCAAGCCUGCAUACCGGAAAUUAAAAUGGAUGGAGCGGACGAGAAAUGGAACAUGUGGAGCGUCUGGCAAACGGUGCUGGAGGAAAACGAGAAGCUGGCACGUGCUCGUCUAGCGGCCGUUGAAGUUUUCCAGCAGCAGAUUGCCGACGAGGCCAAGGUUCUACGCAGCAGCAAGCUCGGCACGAGCAAAAAGUGCGUCGAACAUCUGGGCCAGGUCCAGAAGGAGCUGCAGCUGUCCGUGCAGGACGUGGACAAGACGAAAAAAUGUUACUUUGACGAGGAACACUGCGCGCACGAUGUCCGCGACAAGGCUCGGGAUAUUGAGGAAAAGUUGAAGAAGAAAAAGGGUUCGUUCUUCCAGUCGAUAACAUCCUUGCAGAAGAACAGUGCCCGGGUGACCUCGCGGAAGGAGCAGCUGGAGGAAAAGUCGACCGGAGCUAGGAAUGAUUACAUUUUGAGUUUGGCAUCGGCCAACGCCCAUCAGAAUCAUUACUUCACCAUAGAUCUGCAGACGACGAUGGCCACAAUGGAGAACUACGUGUACGAGCGAGUCGCCGACUAUCUGGCUUUGAUUGGCCGUACGGAGCUGUUGACCUGCUCGGCCACGCAGAACUCGUUCGGAAAGAUCCGUGACCAGGCUCAGCAGUUGACGCGCGAGUACAAUCUACAGUGCUGCUAUCUGUACUAUCCGGUGCUGAAGCAGCACAUCCAGUACGAGUACGAACCGUGCGAUAACGAUCAGAUUCGGAAGAUUACGGCGGACCACGAUUCGGCCAUGGAGACGCUGAACCGCGAAGGAAAACGCUGGGCCGGUCGGGUGGCCCGAGAGAACAACGUAAUCCGGGAGAAUGCCCGCAAGCUGGCCGUCUGUACGGCACUGCGCGAGGCCGGCCACCGUACCGAUCCAAACGACCAGAACGGGCCGGAUCUGGAGACCAAGAUCGACGAGUUCCGCGAGAACAUCCGCAAGGCGGAGACGUCCAAGUGUAAGGCGGAAGCCCGGCUCGAGUGUCUCCGGAUUGGCGGCAUCAACGUCGACGACUGGAUUCAGGAGGCAGAAACGCUCAGCGUCGCGGAGAUGCCAAGGUCCGCCAGUUCGCUUUCGAUGCGUACGGACGCUUCGGGACAAGGGGAGAACCCCAGCUCGGACUCGUUCUACGACAGUGACAACGCAGAGCAAGAUCAACCAAUGUCGGAAUCUUCACCGGCCCCCAAGCAGCCGGAACCACCGGUGGACGAGUUCACGGCGGAUAGUGACGAAGACGAUGACUUCGAGGUGGAGCAAGAGCGCCAGAAGAUCGAGCAAAUCUCGCACGGCUGGGAGGACCCGACUCAAAUGGACUGGGGUAACGAGGACACGGCCGUGGCCGAGGCCAGCAUGCCACCUCAACAGCCCGCGGGACAGACGUUCAAGUGCACGGCUCUGUACUCGUACACCGCACAAAAUCCGGACGAGCUGACCAUCGUCGAGAGCGAACAGCUGGAAGUCGUCGGCGAAGGCGACGGUGACGGAUGGCUCCGUGCUCGGAACUACCGCGGCGAGGAAGGUUUCGUACCGCACAACUACCUGGACGUCGAACGGGACACUCCGGUGGACACCCACACGCCGGCCCAGCUGUCGACGCAGAUUUCGUUCUCGUCCGUUGACUACACCGUGGACAACGAGGACCAGGAUCCGAUGCAGGACUCGGGACAAUCGCCCGACCAGAUCUCCGUAAUCUCGGCCCCUCGCAAGGCUCCACAGAUGUACUGCGUUGCACUGUACGACUACGACGCUACGGCAGAAGACGAACUCACCUUCGAGGAAGCGAUGAUCAUCAAACUAAUCACCAAGAGUCCCCAUGGCGUCGACGACGGCUGGUGGGAGGGUGAGCUGGACGGCAAAAUCGGAAACUUCCCGUCGCUGGUCGUGGAGGAAUGUGACGAAAACGGGGAACCGCUGACCGAUGCCGAGGACGAAUCUCCGCCACCGUCGGCACCGCCCUCGUUUGCAGUGCCGGCGCCACCCAUGGUUCUGCACCAGGCGACUCCACCGGAAGGGGAGAGUCCACCUGCUUUUGACGACCACAACGGAGACGUUGCGGUGGAUCGCUUUGAGUUCGAGAUGAACAAUGAUCAGCACGACAAGUAUGGAACGCAGUUUUCGGCUCCACCACCGUCGCAGCCUCCGCCAGUCGUGAUUUGUGAAGAUCCGGAGGCCGAACUAGCCGAGGAGGAAGAGGAGGAAUCUCGCAACGCUUCAGCGGCCGCAGCUCCGGCCGCACCGGCAGCAGCUACUGCUAGCAACGGUGGCGACCCAAACUCGCUGAAUUUCGCCAGCAUCAUCGUCACAGCUGCGACUCCAAUGCACGACGAUUCGGAGAAGAAAUUCUUCCCACCCUCCGACGAGGACCAGCCGCCGCCAGAGAAGCCUGAGAUAAUCGAAAAGCAGGAACAGGAAACGCAGGAGGUCAGCGCCAGCGUCAAGUCCAAGGUGGAGUCACCGCCCAAGGAGAAGCAAACGCCCCCGACGAAGCCACCAACUCCGCCUAAACCGGCCAAGCCACCAUCGCCCCCGAAGCCGGCCAAGGUUGCGUCACCUCCCAAGGAGCAGGAGAUCCCACCACCACCAGCCCCGGCGCACUCAUCGUCCUCGUCGUCGUCCACAUCCAGGGGACCCUCGGGCAUUCUCGAAGAGGACGAGGAAGAAGACGAAGACGAGGACACUUCGCUGCCGCCGCCACCGCUCGAGGAACCGGCCGCUCCGUUUGAGGCCAACUUUGACGGCGGUUCCGCCGGCGGCGCCUUCGAGGCCAACUUUGAAGCCAAUUUCGAUGCCAACUUUGACGACGCGUUCGGAAGCGCCCAACCGGAACCGGAAAUUCCGAAACAGGUCGUGGGUGGACGGGCCAGCAUACCGGAGGAACUCGAACCGCAUCAGCUAGCACGUCUGCAGAACCUGAAGGAGUCAAACGCAUAAUUCGGUGCGGCAUCGUACAUUAGAGUCUAAUUAGACUUAUCGUUAAGUUGACCUUUAGCAAUUGUGGCACAAGCGCCAUUUUAAUCAAAUUCACACACACACACGCACGCGCAUUUGCGACUCAAGUCAUGAUUUAAAUCACGAAACAGGUCGAAACCAGUGAGCCAGUAUUCAGGUAUUUAUCAAUCGUAAGUUGGAAUUCACGAUCAUCAACUCAGAACGCACCUUUCACGAAAAAAAUGAGAAAGAUACUAAUCAGACGCACCUUUUUGUGUGGAUUCAACCGCUGAAACAAUAACGUGCAAGAUACAAUCACCACAUUAACAGAAGAAAAAAAUACUAAAAAUCCGACGAGCAACAACCAAACAGUGAAUUUGCCAUUUUAACUCUUAUCGGUGUUUAAAAGUGCGAUAUCAAUAGGGAAGAAUACUCAGCUAAUGUUAAGAAUAACUAGGACCAGUAAAUGUGAACUUCUUCUUCUGAGCCCUCCCUCCUCGACCGUUUUCCAUGAAAUAUGAGCAAAUGCUUGUUUGGGUGGUUUAGAAAUUAAAAUUUCCACGAAAUUAAAAUUUCUACGAAAUUAAGAUGGCCA